AUGGCCUCUUUGCAGCACACCGGUGCAUGGCUCCGCUGCCUCCUAUGGCUUCUUCUGUACCUCCCGUCCACCGCAACGAGUGCCAACCCUCCCCCCAAUCUUCGUAUCCAGCCUCUGGGAGACUCCAUCACAAAGGGCAACGGUUACCCCGACGGCAAUGGCUACCGGCAGAAACUACAGCAGAUGCUGAACAAUAUCGGGACCGAGGUCGAGUAUAUAGGCUCGCUAGCUAGCGGGAGCAUGAAGAACAACCGCCACGAGGGCCACUCAGGUCAGUAUCUAGCGUCUAUCCGCACCUAUGUGCAGCUGUCCAUCAGAGCCCAGCCGAACGUGGUGCUGGUGCACGCGGGUACCAAUGACGUGGACAAGGAGGUGGACCUCGAGACGGCGCCAGCGCGUCUCGAGGCCAUCAUCGACGAGAUUCACGACAAUGACACCACUGGCGGCCGCGCCGUCAUCCUGGUCGCCAAGAUCAUCUGGGCCAACGACGCGCGCAUGCAGGCCAACACCGAUGCCUUCAACGAAAAAGUCGCAGAGGUAGUCAAGCGGAAACGACAAGCCGGCAUCGAGGCGCGGAUGGUGGACAUGAGCCGCAUCCUGACCGUCGCGGACCUGGACGAUAGGAAGCACCCCAACGAGGCUGGCUACCAGAAGAUGGCCAAGGCUUGGUUUGACGCCAUUCUCGAGGCCGCUGACGCCAGAGUGAUCGCGCCGCUGCAGUCCGGGGGCGCCGUCGGUGGCGGCACUUGCAAGGGCGACAACUGGGACGGGGGCGGCACCGUCUUUGACCAGGCCCGGGCAUGGACCGACAUUGGCAUCGUCGCGCCGGGGCCGGCAGGGGCAUCGCAGGACAAGUUGCGGGUGGCCGACCUGAACGGGGACGGCCGCGCCGACUACAUCCUGGUCGAGGCCUACGGCACCAUCAAGGCCUGGCUCAACACGGGCAACAUCCCCAAGGUCGGCGACGCGGCCAGCUGGAAGGCGGUGGGCGCGGUAGGCCCGGCCCGGCUGGGCAGCGUGCCGGGCUUCAACCGGGCCAAUGUCCGGUUCGCCGACGUUGACGGCGACAAGAGCGCGGACCUGUUGCUGCUGUCCCCGGACGGCUCGGUGCGGGCCUGGCGAAACACGGGAGAGGGCACCGAGUUUGUCGCUCUCGACGCUGGCUGGGCGGCGGGCGUCGGCGGGGGCAUUACUUCGGCCAAUGUGCGCAUCGUCGACAUGGACGGCGACGGGUAUGCCGACUACGCGAUCCUGUACGGCGACGGGUCCCUCAAGUACGCGCGCAAAACGCACAACAACGGCAAGGACAAGUCGAAGCGCAACUUUGAAGACGCCGUGCUCAUUGCGCCGGGCGUGGGCGGCGUGAGCGGCAACAUGGUGUACUUUGCGGACCUCGAUGGCGACGGGCUUGCCGACUUCCUCAGCAUCUAUGCGGACGGCAAGGUGGGCGCCCUACUCAACUCGGGCAGGGCUUUGUGGGGUGGCGACGGCGAGAGCAGCAGCACGGGCUCCAAGCUGCGCUUUGCCGACCUCGACGGCGACGGCUGGGCCGACUACCUGGUCGUGCAGGACAAUGGCGCCGUCACGGCCUACCUCAACCGGCAGAACAUCCCUCCACGGGCCGACCGCGGACGCAUCUGGGCCGAGGCACAGGUCGUUGCCACCGGUGUCGGGGAGCCGGGCAGCCGGAUCCAGUUUGCCGACUUGGACGGCAAUGGCAAGGCCGAGUACCUGGUCGUGUACCCGAGCGGGGCCGUCGUCGCGUUCAACAACACGGGCAACAUCCCCAAGGGCGACAAGCCCCCAAACUGGACGCGCCUGGGCAUCGUUGCCGCCGGCGUCAACCCCCAGGGCCCCCUCGUCCGCUUCGCCGACAUCAACGGCGACGGCAAGGCCGACUAUCUGACCGUGUUCGACUCUGGACGCAUCGAUGCUUACAUCAACGUGUGCGCUGGGAACCGCCAUGUCGACGCGGGCAUCCCCGUGGACGGCAGCAUCAGUAGGGCCGGGUGGUGCGACCUGUCACAUGAGCGCGAACUCACAGAGGCGGACCGGAAGCAGAUCUGGGGAUCCGGUCUGGGCGCCUUGGGCGUUGGCGGGUGGCUGGAUAAGUGGCUCAUCGCAUACGGCGAGAAGGACUGGGCUAUCACCCUCGCCGAGCAGGUCGGAAUCGACGGGUUCGAAUGCAACAGCAUCGAUUCUCACGACAACUGCGAGAAGAAAGUAUUAGACUGUGAAAAGCUCUAUGAUGCAGGUCAUGCGCCAGUCUUUUGGAUACUACGAGCCGUCUCGGACUUCAACGAUGUCCUGUUUCGGAUGGCAAACAUAUUGACCUGGGAGGGGUUGACGUCAAUACUCCAGAUAGAUCAGAACAUCGAAGAGUUUGGAUCUGGCGGAGAAGACGACUCAAAAUUCGGCAUAAUUUCCACUGCCUUUGGAGCCGCAUCCCCCAUCACGGCUGCCAAUGCGCCAUUGAGCGGGGUGCUCAGCGGACUCUCGGCGUAUAUAGGUCUCUUGGAUGAGCUGGGCCCGUCGGACGAGGAUAAGGACCGCUUGAUAGUCAGCGAGGCGCUCGGCAUGUUAUACACAUCUGUCCGGCGCAGCCUCCGGGCACUGGUGCAUUUGACGACCACGGGAUAUUUCAAAGACUCUCCCAGUAACGAUGACCACGAGGAGGAAGUUAUAAACAAGCGGGUCCUAGACUCCUCGGAUCUUCCCGGAGUGUCCAAGAGCAGCUACGUGAGCCCGACUGCCGCGUUUUUCCAAGACGGCAGAUAUCUCAUCAACACGUACUGGUUGGGUAAUGACGUGGCGAACUGGGGAGACUCCUUUCACGAGACAAGUACACAGCUCACUGCCACCGUCUUGCUUCGAGAUCAGAGAUGGUUUGUAUUCAUCGAUGAGGACGUCGCGACCACGGAGAGCUGCAGCAGAGACGCCAAAGGCCAUGAUGGGCGUCGGUGGAUUGACGGGUGGUGCUAUGAUCUUUGGGUCUUUGAAAUCGAAAAGGACUCGGACACCGUCAACGAACACGACGGAGACAGCAACUUCGCCGAUUGGGCGCAAAACGCAAAGUUCCGCGCCUUGCAGGAGUACGCGUCUAUUGACUUGGUUGACCUGUAA